GCUAUUUCCUCCGCCCUUUCCUCGAACGACUUCGGCACGGCCUACUCCUACAUUCUCACCCGUCUCACUCCCCCAUCCCUUCUCCCUACGUCCUCCCCUCUCACCAACCCCACUUCCCCCAAAGACGACAUCACCUGGCGAGCCGUCUACAACGCCGGUCGCUACCGCGCCCCAGCCACCAGCGCCACCCCCAACAACCAGACCCAAAUCACGCACCUCUCCCAACGCAUGGAACUCCUCUCUCUCGCCCUUGUCCUCGCCCCCAGCCCCGAACCUUUGCCCGAAAUCCUGGGCGCCUGGCGCCGCUGCGACGAGGAACUAGCAGCUCUCCGCGCACGCGAAUCCGAGGAAGAAGACAUCUGGGACACCAAAGCCGACAACCUCACCUCCACCACCCUUCCGGGAGGCUUCGGCCCCACAGACAGCGAACAAGACGCGUUCGAAACGAGACAGCACCAAGCCCGACGAGCACGGGCGCACGCCUCACAGAACCGUCUCCAUCAUGAAGAAGCUCCCAUGGGGCUGUUCGAGGUUGCCCGCGGCGCCGCUCUAGCGUUGCAAAAGAACGCCUUCCCGCUCCGGUCAGCUGCAGCGUCCGCAAAGACAAACACCCACGACCAUGAUGACCACUCCGUCCCCUCCUCUUCUCAUCUCCGCAGUGGCUCCUCCAUGUCCACCGAUGACCAGGACGGCGAAGGCCGCGUCCGCAAGAGAGACGUCGUCAGUAACAUGGUCACGGAUGGACUCGUCAGUGGCAUUGGUUGGGUAUUGGGUGCUCAGCCUGUCAAUCGGUGA